AUGCUCUCUCCAUCAACCCACUCAUCCACCUCCACCAACAAUACCACCAGCAGUCGCACCGAAGAAGACCCAUCAAUUAUCUCCACUCUAUUCGAUACUUCCCGAAAUAAAUCAUCCUAUUCAUUACCAUUUCCAGCUGCCGAAAUCGGAGCCUUCAAUGUCAAAGAAAUCCCCUGCGUCAAAGAGAUCCCCUGUGUCAGACCAGGAAUCACCUGGGGGGGAAGAUACAGAGAAGUUAAUGGAGGGCUACCCAGCAUUAACACCGCCGUCCACCAAUCAAAGAUGCUGGCGAGAGGAAAUAGCCGUAAAGAAGUGGCAAACCCAGAGAUAUUAAUGAAGCCACCGCCCAGACCACCUGAGGAAACGACCAUUAUUCCGCACCUGAAGACAGAGAUAGGUGCAGGCGUGAGAGGAAGAAGGAAGGGAACUCGGCACGAGGUAGAUAUGCUCAGCACAACCAAUAAACCCAGUCACUGCAACCAGAUCUCGGGAAUUAAGACUUCAAUCAUUAAAUCCUUCAAGAGAAGGAAGGUCAGACACCCAGUGCAAGGGCCACGGCGAAUUAAAUCGAGGGCAGUUAAGGAAGGUAAAAGGAAAUCCACCCCCCACAGGCCAUGGAAUCUGGGAAAUACGAUGAUUGCUCUCAAGAAGUGGGACGGGGAGCAGAAGGCGGAGCCAGCUGACAUCCCAACUAUCACACUUUGGGUCCAGAUGCAUGACUUGCCACAGUCGCUUAAAGACGAAGAAUCUAUCCAGGCGGUUGCUGAAUACAUCUUUCCCCACUACUAUGGGAUCGACCAGUCCAAUUUCGAGUUCAGGGGCUGGCUUAAAUUCAUUCGAGCCAAGGUUGAGAAGGAGGACUCCUUUCUCGACAGCCGAAGAAGAACCCUGAAGUUCGAUCAUUCAGAGUAUGUGAGCCCUGCUAGUGAAGGAAGUGGCCUUGCGCUGUGGUGGAAGGAAGAAAUUAGUGUUGUUAUUUUGGAUGCGUGUAAGUCUUAUGUGGAUGUCAGUAUUAAGAAAGAAGGAGUAGAGUUCUUUUGUACCUUCAUCCAUGCUCCUACCACGGUGGUGGAGCGGAGAAUGCUCUGGGAACGACUUACGAACCUAAGAGACAUUCAGGAUGAAAAAUGGCUAGUGAUAGGGGAUCUGAAUGUAGCGUUGGUGCCAAGUGAAAAACAGGGGAGAUGCCCCUUAAGGAAUGAAAAUGUUGCCCCUUUUAAGUAUUUCAUAGAGAGGAACUCUCUGCUGGAUCUUGGGUUCUCGGGUCAGCCAUUUACCUGGACCAAUAAACAACAGGAUGACAACCUAAUCAGGGAGAGGCUUGACAGAGCUAUGUGCACUGCAGCAUGGAGAAUCAGUUUCCCCUCAGCGACAGUGAUUCACGAGGACUUCGUUGAGUCCGACCACUGCCCCAUCAGGCUUGAUCUCAGCCCAAGACGAAGAAGGAUUGCCACCCCUUUCAGGUUUGAUAAAAGAUGGAAAGAGGAAGAAGAAUGCAACCAGAUCAUUUCAGAAGCAGUGGGGGACAGGAGGUCUAUUAAUCAGGUGUUAUCGGAUUGCAAAGAUAACCUCACAAGCUCACCUCAUUCUUCUUCUCCAAACCAUUUAAGCCACCCGGACUGCGGAGCAUUUUUCCUCACUUGCCUGCUUAGUCAGACAACGCCGUCGUUAUCGAGCAUUAGGAAGCCACAAGGGCAGCCCCUCUUGUGCUCGUUGGUCGAUGGGGCAGCUGGGUUUUGCAGCGUAGAAGGGUUUCUUACCUGGGAGAGAGGGAGAGGGAGAAUCAGUGAGACUUUUGGUUGCGGCUCUAGCAGGGAGAGGAAGGGCUUGGUUCAAGAAGAUUUGAAGAAUUUAAGAACACAACUGUACUCGGCUGUUAAAUGUUGUGCUGUCUCUGAACUUCAGGAUUUGAAGAAUUUAAGAACACAACUGUACUCAGCUGCUGAGUACUUUGAGCUAUCUUACACGAAUGAUGACCAGAAGCAAAUAGUGGUGGAAACGUUAAAGGAUUAUGCAAUCAAAGCUCUGGUGAAUACAGUGGAUCAUUUGGGUUCAGUGACGUAUAAGGUUAAUGAUCUCCUGGAUGAAAAAGUAGACGAAGUUACUGGAACAGAGUUUAGAGUGUCCUGUCUUGAACAGAGAUUAAGGACUUGCCAAGAGUAUAUUGAUCAUGAAGGCAUCUCUCAACAGUCACUGGUGAUAAAUACGCCAAAGUACCACAAGCGGUACAUUCUGCCAGGCAAUAAUGCUAAUCUUAUAUCUCUCAAUUCUUUGUCUUCAGUUGGGGAGACAAUGCAAGGUUCCAUCCGCACUAAAGCAAAAUACCAAGGAUGCAGUCUUGACGAUGAAGAUGAUUGGCGCCAAUUUAGUAAUGCUGUUCGAGCUACCAUUAAGGAAACACCACCAGCUUCAGUAAGCAAAGCGAGCACACCAUCACCAUCUCCUCGAAUUCCUCAGCGAUCUUCAACCUUUUCCUUUACAGGCACAGCAUCAAAGAAAGAACAAGAUAAGCGAACGGUUUCACCACACCGUUUCCCUCUUCUGCGCUCUGGUUCUGUGUCAAGUAGACCAACAACACCAGGAGCAAGUAGACCUACUACUCCAAGUGCUGCUUCUGCAGCAAGACGACGGUACCCAUCAGAGCCACGGAAAUCACUGUCGAUGCGAGUCCCAGCCGAGAAAAACUCUAAAGACAUUGAACAAUACCCAAGCAAAAGCAAGCGCAUCCUCAAGGCUUUGCUUAGCCGAAGGAAAUCGAAGAAAGAUGAGAUGCUUUAUACAUACUUGGAUGAAUAUUGAUGGAAAUAGAGAGAAUACCAUUGAUAUAGGGUCAAAGGAUCAAAAGUGUGCACCUGCAACAUGAAGUAUUUUCUUUCGACAGCUUCAAGUGUGGCGGUGUGAAUAUCUGUCUCACAUCUUUAGCUUUCCUUUUUCCUAUGUAAUAUAGAAUCAGUCUGUUCCCCUGCUAUAUAUCAUCAGUGGUCUGCAAAAGAUCAGCGCUGCUUCAUAAUUCAUAUAGUUCUGCAGAGGUUGAACUCUUGUUUCUUUAGUUCAUUUCAUUCAAAUCAUCAAAUGUGCAGUUCUUGUUACGAACUGCCUCAGUUGCAGACAAAUUAACCCAAUUUCAACGUUAUUAUUCGUUAUUCGCUCUUUCAGAACUCUCGCAUCUCUAAGCGGUUCGGUCCAC